AUGAAAGAAACCUGGGGGCCAGACAUCGAAGACACCAUUAUUUGGGCUAGAAACAAAUGUAACCAGGGUCUUAAGUACAGUGAUGUCCUCGAGGCUGCUGCUCCUCGAUCAACGGCUUGGGGUUCAUCAACAGUUACGCCUCCUGCAGCUCAGACAGAUCGGUCAACUAGCAACUCAUCAGUUCCCGAGCGCCGCUUCAAAGGAGAGUCGAACUCCUGGGGCACUCCUGACAACCAAAGCGCUAGCAAUCGAGAGGUCAAGAAGACAGGCAAGAACAAGAAACAGCAUGGUUCUCUCCGUCACAAAUAUGCGACCGACCCAGCCGCAACCUAUUCAUCCCAACAAGAUAGCGACGAAGAUUGGUAUGACAAGCGAUGUAUCCCCCGCACUCCUCCCCCGACCCCAGCCAUCCCCUCCGAGUACAUCCACAUCCGGCCGUCUGACCUCGGCGGCCUGGGUAUCUUCGCGGCCCGACCCCUGAAGCGCGGCGACAGGAUCCUCGUGGAAAAGCCCUUGCUGCGAACGACCAACUUCCGGUUCAUGAUGGACUUCUGCAACCUUUCCAAGUCGGACAAGGCAUCAUUCAUGCGUUUGCACGGAAGCCACGGGAUGCUGUUCGAGAGGAUUGAGAGUAUCAGGCAGCGUAACGCGUUUAAGGUGCGAGGUGGUAUCGCGAUCUUUAAGAUAGCUUCCCGCUUCAACCAUGCUUGCCCGCCAGUGCGCAAUGUCCAGUACGAGUUUGACGAGGAGCGCGGGGAGAUAGUGUUCAUGGUCUGCCACGACGAGAUCCCCGUUGGCACUGAGCUCCUGAUAAAUUAUGGCGGUUCGCCUGAGGAGCUCUACCGGACGUAUGGCUUCAUUUGCCGCUGUGGGGGCUGCAAGUCGCUGACCGAGGAGGAACUGCGAAUCUUGAGGGGCGAGGUUUUUGAUCCUGCAGCUGGUUGGUGA